AUGGCCCUUAUGGGUAUCCGUACUAACACAAGAGCUGUUGGCCCGCCCGCUUACUUACAACCAACCAAUCACAUCCAAGCUCAGCCACAACCACAAACUACAGUGGUUCGUACUGCUCCUCGAUCCACGAAAGCAUUUUCGGGAGCGCCCAGACAGCAAGUACCGGACUAUUCCCGCAUGGCUUGGGCAGUCACUUUAUGCUGUUGUAUACCCUUUGGUCUUGUCGCUGUCUUCAUGGCAUCAAGGGCCAAGGACAAACAAAUGGCUGGCGAUGACGAUGGCGCUCGUUCCACCUCACAGCAUGCGUUGGGCUGGGCAGUAGCUGGAAUAGUGUGCGGUAUCGUCUUAUCCAUAUUGUUGGGCAUAUAUUAUGUUUUAGGUCUAGGGAUAUAACAGUAAUUUAUCAUUGAAGCUGUGAGAAAGAUGAACUGGUGAUGAUUUGGACCAGGGAUUCGAACCGUGGACCUGCAUGUCGGACAAUAAUGGUGUUAAAUGAAUAGAAUCUACGGACAUGUUUAUCUUAUCGCGAUAGAAUGAGGCCAUUGCCAGGGAUGUAGCUAUACGGGAGCACGGAGGCGCGUGCCCAUCCGUUCGAUUUUAAAAUGGCGAAAAAAGAAAAAUAGCUAUAGAAAGAAAUGGAGAAAGGAAACACUACUUUAUAUUUAUAAGAAGAUGAUAUGAGCUAAUUCUACCCCUCCGCAUCAAAUGGCGAUCCCCUUGUUGAUUAGCAUUGUUAGUAACCUAGUAAGUCCGGAGGCCCCCAACACCAUAAUGCCAGCUCCCCCCCCCCCCCCCCACACACACACACACAAUUGUUUUACCUGAGCUACCGUGCUACGCCUUUGUUCGUAAUUCCAAAGGAAUCGGUCAAGAAUAUUUUCAAUUCUAUUUUCGUUUUGUCUGUCAGUACUUUCAUCAGGAUAUCAUAGCCAAGUCGAAGUGAGUCAGAUAAAUUUCCUGUGACACGAUGUGUAAUGUUUGGUUUUAAUUUACAAUACAUGUAUUGUAUGAAAUAUGUAUCUAGAACAAGAAACUAGCAGAAUAAUAUUUUCAACUUAUUUAUAUAUUUACAUGAACAAUGAAAUUUGAGCUGUUCUUACAAUGAUAGCAACAACUGUAUAUUGACAAAUAUGUUUCAAUCAUUAAUAUACAGGGAUACACAUUUGAAUAUAAUAAACCAGAUUUUCCAAAAAGAAAACAUCAAUCUAUGUAUUUCAUAUCCUUACUCUUUUACUAGAGGAGCAAAAUGGAGUACCUUCAUAUAUAGAU